GUACCAUGUCUGCAGUCUCUGAACGUCCCCUGUACCACAUUUGUAGUCUCUAACCAUCUCCUGUAGUAUGUCUGCAGUCUCUAACCAUCUCCUGUAUUAUGUCUGCAGUCUCUAACUGUCUCCUGUAGUAUGCCUGCAGUCUCCAACCAUCUCCUGUAUUAUGUCUGCAGUCUCCAACCAUCUUCUGUAGUAUUUCUGCAGUCUCUGACUGUCUCCUGUAUUAUAUCUGCAUCCUCGCAGUCUACAGAGGGAUUAUCUGUAGAGAAUUCUCACAAAAGCACCUGUAUUGUG